GGCUCCGCUCCCCGCGAGUCGCUGGGCGUGGCCAGAGAGUCCAGAACAGAGUGGGACAGAUGCGCACCCAGCACCUGCAGCCUGGCCAUCCCUAGCCAGGGACAAUGGGACAAGCAGCAAGCUCCGCUAAGCGCGACAAGCCACCCAAGGCAUUUCAUGAAAGUGACUCCGAGGGGAGCAGCGAAGAUUCCGGCAGCCGGGCACGGGCUGGGAACGGGCUGGAGAGAGACCCUGAGUCUGUCCCGGAUGGGAGCACCCAGAGCCAAGCGCCGCAUAUUGAUACCGAUGGGCACCAAAAGACGGGAGGGGAGCCAGAUCGUCGUGGUAACUCCUGGAAAUGUGUCUCCAAGGAAUGUACCAUCGCCCUCACAGUGGCCCUCGCCGCCACCUUCUCAGCCUCCAUCGCUAGCAUCAUUGCUCUCCUAGCAGCCCCUGUGACUGUCUCAUUCUCAGUGCAGAGAGCUAAACCUGCCCUUGCUGACGGGUGCCCCCCGGCUGGCCCCUUGUGCCCGGACGGCUGGGUCGGGUACCGUGGGAAAUGCUACUCCUUCUCCGAGGGCGAAGGGAGCUGGACCGACAGCCGGAGCAACUGCUCUGCCCUCAGCGCUUCCCUGGCUGGGAUCGACACCCUGCAGGAGCUGGCUUUCAUGCUGCGCUACAAAGGCAAACCCGACCACUGGAUCGGCCUCCGGAAGGACUCGGGGCAGCUCUGGAAAUGGGCCAAUGGCACCGAAUUCAACCACCUGUUCAGGAUCCGAGGAGGCGGUGACUGCGCGUAUCUGAACGACGAGAACGGGGUCAGCAGCCUGCGGUGCACAAGCGAGAGGCGCUGGAUCUGCAGCAAACUGGAUGCAUUUACAGCUGCAAAGCAGGCUGCCAUGGAAGGGGCCAAUCACAGGAGUGUCAUGGAAAUUAGCCCUGGAAAAACCUGACCGUGAUCAUUGUUGGCUGUCACAUCUGACUCAUUGCAGAACAGCAGGGACAUUUUCAACAGGUUUCAAUGUUCCAUUUAGUUUCAAUAGUGCAGCACCCGCCGAGGGAGCAGGUCUCCGUUUGAACUGUUCAUGGGACGCCUAGAGCCCGGCACGUGGGAGUAAGAGAAGAGAUGUUUGUUCGCUCCUUUCCCGGAGCCCAGUGCAAAGAAGAAGGCAGGGAUAGGAUUAGAUGCGACACACCGAACAGGUUUCACAUCAUGCCAAAGUCCCCGUGUCUGAAUGGAACACGGAGAAAUACAGAGCUAGGGCCAGCCUGGCUCACCUAUGUGCCAAAGUAGGUAUUUAAUGCUGCAGCCACUCGCAAGCAUUCAAUAAUCUCAUUUCUGACAUCCCUGUUCCAUAUUGGAGCUCUUGUGUUGGGCCUGUCUGUAACUCACCAGGCAGAAGCGCGGCAGCAACUCGGGGUCUCCAGCAUUUCUGUCAGCGACUGCUUUCACACCACGAGCCCGAGAAAGGCAAGGCUUUCUAGCCAUAAGCAGGAGAUCCCUAACUGCUUCACCUGGGUGAGCACUCAAGGACAUAUAUAGCGUCUGACCAGGUGUUUCUGUUACUAAUUGAUUUGUUGUAGCUGUAUAUUUGUACCUGUUUUCAUCUUGUAAAUAACUUUGUUUUAAAUCUGGUGGGAGAGCUAACAUGCAA